CAGGGUGGAAGCGGGCUUUGUUUCCCAACAGCACUCAAAACAGUUUGCCUACAGAAUUGCAUUAAGCAGUGCAUGAUGUGAUGUGCACUCGUCUCGACCUGCAAGUUUUUCCUUGGGUGGUGUUUAAUUUCCCCGGCUGGAAGUUCGGGUGUAGAGUUACUUUGCAUUUUCAGUCUGUUCAUUGAAGCGGCAAGCAACGACAGACUUCUCUACCACCACACAAGAAAACUUUUUUUUUUUUACCCCAAGCGUCAGAUGAGCGAGCUUCCUGCGUUUUUAUAGCCUUUCUACGGAAGCCUGUUCUACCCUCUCCAGUUGGGUUUCUGUGGCCGGCCCCUUAAUCACACGAUGCCUGGACAGAUAUCCCCCAGAAACCCUCACUCUUCCCUCAGCCUGGCCCAACAAUGGGGUCCAGGAGGUCUCCCGCCAUUUCACUUCCGAACGAGGCGGGAGGUUGUGGACUGGCGGCGCUUCAGUGCGCUAGACGUGGACCGCGUGGCCAGAGAAUUGGACGUGUCCACCCUACAGGAGCACAUCGGCAGCGUAACUUUCUGCGACCUGGAUUCUGAGCGGUGCCCGCACUGUCGGAACCCAGUGGACCCGGUGCUACUUAAGGUUAUGCGCAUGUCUCAGCUCAGCACAGAGUACCUGCUCCACUCCCAGGACUACCUGAGCACCCAGGUUGCCCUGCUGGAGGAGCGUGUGCAGGGGGUGAUAGAGGAGCGAGACCGGGAGCAGAAGGAGAAAGCCAGGCUAGAGAGAGAGCUACAGACCACUCAGCAGGAGAACCGCCGAAGGAAGAAGAUGCUUGCCACCCAGCAGAUGCUUUUGCAAGCCAGUACCAACAACUACCACAAGUGCCAGUUCUGUGACAAGUCUUUCAUGAACUACUCAUAUCUUCAAGGGCACUUGCAGCGCAGGCAUCCUGAGAUCACUGAUGCAGAGCGACAGAAGAAGAAGCAGGUGGAGCAGAUAGAGGAUGGAAUUGAGGAACUGAGAGAGAGGCUGAAGAGGACUCAGUCCAAGCUAGAGGCAGAGCAGGAAGCGGAUGCUCAGAGGAGACUUCAGGAGCAGAAAGAGCAGAGUCAGAGGGAAGCGGAAGAGAAGAUGCAGUUUGAGAAAUGGAAGGAGGAGGAGAGGAAGAAGUUCUACCAUGAGAUAGGGGACCUGCGGCAGCUCUUCCUCCAGGAAUUCAAGGCCAUCUCCAGCAAGAGUACCGCAAUGGAAAUGAAACUCCAGGAGCUGCAGACAAGCGGGCUGCCGUCAUCUAAUCUGGGAGCACUGCGAGAUGACGAUGAUCAAGAGGACAGGGAGGCCCAGGAGAGGGAGCUGAGGGAAAAGAUGAAAAGACAGAAACAUGAAUGGAAGAAGAGGACACGAGAGCUGCAGGGUGAAAAAGAAGAGCUGGAGAGUGAGAAUGAGAGGCUGAGGCUGUCCCUGUCUGCAGACCAGAAAUCUACAGUGCAGCGCUUCCAGCAGCAGAUCAGCUUGCUCGGCUCCAAGAUCAAACAGAAGGACAAGAUCAUCAAGACCCAGGAGGAAACGAUUAAUAAACUAUCAUUGAAAACUGUUACAGUCACUCCAGUGAAACAAGAUAUGGAAUCAUCAUCAGAAGAGGAAGAGGAAGAAGAGCUGGAGGACACGCUAGAUAGGAAGCAGAGGCUGCUGGAGGCCCUGAAGAGGAACCCCAACCUGGUCAAGGAGUUCAGGCCCAUCCUGCAGGAGACACUGGAGGAGAAACUGGAGAGCAUGGGGCUCCGCAAGGGAGUUAAAGGAAUCUCCAAACAGACCUUCAAGAGCCUGAGCUCCACAGUGUCCACCCAGCGGCAGCAGAAAGCCAAGCGUUACCAUGAGCUGCUGAGCCUGAGAGAGAAUCUGUCCCGCGAGGUCACCAGGAAGCUCCGCAAGGGCAGCUCCACACCAACACCCGCAGCCCGCAAGAAAGCCCAGAGCAGCCAGCCUCGGCAGAGCUCAUCGAAACCCAGGGCAGCCCAGGUGACACAGCCCCGCCUGGUCGAAUCAAACACUCCCCAGCCUGCCCCGAGAACCACUGUCACCAACCCAGCAAGCAGGGCUCCAGCCACCAAGACUAACAACAGCACCCCUCCCUUCAGCUCAGAAGAAGAGUCUGUUGGAGACAGUGCUUACAUGACCAGCCCAGCCACCAAGGACCCCCCUGUGGUGAGAGUGGUCAAACCCAGUCCUCCGCAGCCCCAGGCAGCGGUCCGCGAUGAUGACUGGUCCGAUAGUGACCUCUCAGAGGGGCCAGUAAGCCCUGCCGCCGUUCUCCAAGGGUCACAAGGAUCCGUGGUCCAGUCACUUACAAGGAGCCUGGAGAGACAGCUAAGUACUCCAAUGAAGAAGCCUGUGGGUGGAGUUAAAGUGACUCCACCAUAUGUCAGUACCUCCCCAAAAUCCAGUGCUAUUGUGAAGCAGCUGCAGCUGUCAGAUGAGGAGAGUGACCUAGACCUGUCAUCCAUUGAAGAGCUAACCACGGUGACCUCCCACCACAAGGAGGCACUAGUGCGGGGCAGUGCUGAUUCGGCAGGCAGCAGCAGCGUGUGGAGUUCUGCAGCCAGCAGGGGAGGAGGUUGGUGAGGCCUAUGAGGCCAAGGGGACUGGCUUCUUCAUUAACCCUGCAUGAGGAGACUGAGCCUGGGGCAACCAACUUCACUGUCUGCCAAGUUUGGUACAAAUAAGCAGAUGCAUUAAAAUCCCUGCUAGAUACCAACAAUUUGUUGGUUUCUUAGCAGAUACCCUGCAGGUGUACAAGCCCCAGCAAAGGUUUAUAGCUGUUAGAUGCAUUCAGACAACAAUCACUAAACUAAGUUUGCAGUGCUAUACCAGAACACCUCUUCAACCAACACACAAUUUAAUUGCCAGUCUCUGUUUAAAGCCCAAAAUGUCAGACAGGGACUGUUCAGGGGUCUCUCUCUCUCUCUCUCUCUCUCUCUCUCUCUCUCUCUCUCUCUCUCUCUCUCUCUCUCUCUCUCUCUCUCUCGCUCUCGCUCUGGCUCUGGCUCUGGCUCUCUGUCUCUGUCUCUCAAGCUCAAGAGAAAUGAAACCGAACAAUGUUUGAUAACCGCUGCUCUUUGAAAUAUUUCCCUGGUUUCUGCACAUUAAAGUCUUAUGCAGUAGCUCCGCAUUUUCCUAAUAUUUAAUUCUAUAUCUGUUUAAUAUCCUAUAUGUGUGUUCUCUGUGAUGUUCUGGUGUUUCUGCUCAGAUCAUUAUUUGUCAUGCUUACUAAUUAUUCCAAAAACCAUCUUUUCUUGAGAGAGUGAAUAAGUGAAGCAAAUUCGUGUUGCACAGACUUCAUAGUGUAGUGCAGUACCUAUCCUUUGGUUUGACCUGACUUUUGCAUGUUCAAGUUCAACAUUGACCGUCCACAUAUCCACUGAUUGGCUCCACAAUUUAACCAUGACACUGAUUGGAUGUGUGUGCUGAGUACCAUAUCUGAUGGCCAGUCCUUGGAGUUGUAUUUCUGAAAGGAGUAAACGUCCCUUAAUCAAACAAGUAAUCACCACCAUAUAUAUAUAUAUAUAUAUAUAUAUAUAUAUAUAUAUAUAUAUAUAUAUAUAUAUAUAUACACACACACACACACACACACACACACCCAUCCACAGCCCUUAUUGUUUGUUCGGUUGUUUGGCACCCCUCCUCCCCUGCUUCCACCUUGCAGCGUGACUUGUCUAGGGGGAAGGUCAUUUGCCACUUGUCCUGCCCGCUGGCAUUAGAAAUUCAUCUAGUUCAUAUACUUCAUUCAUCAUCGUUAGCCAGCAUAACAGCAUCUAACAAGUUCUAAUGGGCAAGGCUAUGUGCCAAAAUUAAAUGCCAAUGUAAUCAUCAUAUUUAUCUGUCAAUUAAAUAAAUUGUUCAUUUUCUUCCAUUGGUGGUGUCUCCUUUCUGAAACUUGAGUUCACUAGCAUACCGGUUGGCUUCUGUUUUUAAACGUUUACUAAUAUUAAGGGUGGAAUUUCUCUUUUAAGAUAUUGUGAUGUCAUACAUGUUUAAUGAUUGUUUGAUAUUUUUGUGCAGUGGGAUUAAUAAUGGACAAUUAAUGGAUCCAACGUCUUUCUUUUGCUUGAGUGACUGUUUUCACUACUGUAGCCUAAUUUGUUUAUAAUGUUUUGCCAAAUAAUGUUUUCUAAGACUUCU